AUGACAAAGAAUCGUGUGCAAGCUAAUAAAUAUCGUUAUUCCUCUGCUGGGACCAACAGACCCGUGCAAAAUGUUCCACAAUCAUCGGAUGACGAUGAGAGAGCACGAGCCAGGUUACGAAUAGAACAAGAAGCAAAUGAUUUAAAAAGGAAAGAGCAGGAGUUGCGAGGCACGAUCGGCUAUAGCAUUGCCAAGGACUCAACACUAUUGGCUUCAACUUCACGGUUACACAAUGAUCAGUACAGGAGAAACAACUUCGUUCCUUCUACUUUGCCCAAGAACUAUCACAAUCGAAUCUCUUCGGAUGGGAACAACAAUGCAUUUGGUGUGCAGAAAUCCUCGGGAAAUCUUUACCAUAAUCGACAACCUGCUCCUAUACCUCAAGCAGCUCGGCAAUUCCAACCGUCACCGGUUCCCAAAACUGUAAACCCGAAUUAUGCCCGGGAAACUUGGAACGGUACAUUACAUUCCUCGCUCAUAUCCCUUAAGGCAAAUAACGACGAAGCGAUGCGAAUAGAAAGUUCGCCUGCACCAUCUCCAAAGCCUUCCCCACAACCCAAUCGAAUGUCCCCGCUUCCUGAAGGCGAGAUUACCCAACCUGUCAAUCCUGGUGCCAAUUUAAUUCCGCCUAUGACUCAUAGGGCACCAUCAGCACCAAAUCUUUCUGAAAAUAACAACGUCUCCAAGUUUUCACCGUCCAUGGUGAAGAAAAAUGUCUCUCCAUUCGAAGAAAAGCGAGAAAGUAAAGAUAUGGCUCCACUGACUCCAAAUGCGGGUUCAAAUAUUCGAAAAGUCAAGGAAGCUGUCAAACAGCAAUCACUUAGUCAAAAAACUGCCGCCAAUUUGCUGCUUCAGAAGCAAACUACCACGCAUACUCCUCUCAAUCAAGUAACCAAGGCUUUCGAUAAGGAUAGAAUUGAAGCAAAUAAUAACAAACCAAAGGAGUCACCGAAACUUGGAAGAAGCAAUAAUAUGGACAGUGCAAGCACUGUUUCUGAAGAUGAAAUCAGCAAUAAUAUCGCUAAAGUUUUGAAAGAGGGUCUGUCUACAUUGAAGAAAACCGCACCACCAGUAGAGAAGAGUGGAAUUACGCUGGGAAGAGUUGUCGAAACAAAUCGCGUGGAUGAUUCUUCGAGAACGCGACAUGAUGGCGGUGUGGGACAACAAACUCGUCCAUAUGCAAGCGCUUCUAUUCCGACUCAUUCAACGAAGCCUACUCCAGCAGAACCAGCAUUCGCUCCACCGCCACCAGCACCUGCUCCUCCACCGCCAGCUCCUGCACCUCCGGCGCCACCUCCACCACCUCCUGCUAAUCUUAUGGCGCCCAAAACUCAAAGAAUCUCAAGCCAACCUCCUUCUUCGCAACGGGGAUUGGAAAAUCAAAGAACCAGAUCGGCACCUACCAUGAAUGGUCCGCGUGCGGCAAUGCCGGAUGUACGAGAUAGUCUGAUGGCUGAAAUCAGAAAUGCUGGAGGGAUUCGCGCACUUCGCAAAGUUCCACGACAGCACUAA